AUGUGCCGAAGAGAAGAGACCACAAUCGAAAGGACGUAUGAACUGACCAAAUACUUGGAGCAUCAGCUGAAGGACAUCAAAGACACCUAUCUCUCGUACCUGGGUCCCCCCUUCAGUGACCCUGACUUCUCGCCGCCGCGGCCCAACAGCUCGUCUCUGUCGGUGCCCAGCGCUGCCACGCGGGUGGAGCUGUGGCGCGGCCUGGAGAACGGCGCCCGGCUGGCGCAGAACCAGCGGGCGUACCGCGUGCUCCUGUGUGCCAUGCGAGAGCUGGCACACUCCACGCUGUGCCCGUACCUGCAGAGCUCGCUGCUGCACUUCUGCUCCGGGCUCAACGGCCUGCUGGGCUCCAUCACGGGUCUCAUGGGGAGCAUCGGCUACACCCCGCCCCAGCUCGGAGACGUCCCGCCACCCCUGCCCGACCACCCCGCCCCGCCCCUGCUGUCCGAGCGCAGGUCCGCCCUGAGGGGGUCGGUGAUGACGGGGCAGCACAGCCCGGCUCCCCUAAGAGCCCAGCAGCGUCACUACGGCGACUACAGGCCACGCAGCCGUGACGACCAGCGCUACAGCACGGCGGCGAUGGGAGGCGCGAGGGAGGCGCCCACCAGGAGGAGGGAUAGAGAGAGAGACAGAGGAGGGGAAAGAGGGAGGAGAGGGGAGGAGUCAGCGCGGGAGGGAGGGAUGGAGAGGUGGGGAAGACGGAGACGACUCCUGAGCAUAGAGGAGGUGGAGAUGGAGGAGGAUGUCAUCAGUCAACACAAUAGCUAUAACAACAACAACAACAACAACAACAACAUCAACAACAACAACAACAACAAAUACACCUUCAGCACGUGGGCCGACGCUGGGAAGAAGGAGAGGACGAACAGGAAGGGCGACGGGCGAGAGAAAGACACCACGUCUCUCCUCUCCUCCUUCUCCCCCUCUCCCUCGUUCCAGCCCCGCCGCCCCCCGCGCUCCCUCUCCUCCUCCCUCUACGCCCCCCCCACGCUGCCACCCUCCCUCUCGCUCCUGCUCCAGUACGGCACGGGGGAGGGGGGGGCCCACGCCCUGCUGGCCGCCUCGCCCCUCCUCUCCUCCUCCGCCCACCCCACCUCCAACGAGUUCUCCCGGAAGGUGGAGGGCUUCUGGGUGCUCCGGGAGCUGCAGAGCUGGCUGUGGCGCUCGGCCAAAGACUUCAACCGCCUGAAGAAGCGUCUCAAGGCCUGAGAGAGAGGGACAGGACAGACAGACAGACAGACAGACAGACAGACAGAC